AUGCGCUCCUACACUGGCUGGGCUAAGUGCAGAGCAGUCACUUUUAUUCAAAUCGAUGAUCCUUGGUCGCCCGAUGGUGCACAUGUACUACACGAUCCCCACGGGGACCGAGUAGAAAGCAACCCAUCUGCGCAGCAACAGACAGCGCCAGGGGCCAAUUGUGACCUUAACAAGCAGAUUCCUGAAACACCCGGUGAUACUUCGUUUCAGUCAACUCCUGUAUGGCACACGCCAAUUCCAGAGGUAAUUGCAGAUACGCCGGAUCCUGUCCACCUCUCGAUUCCAAGAUCCGAAAGAUCGGGCAAAGAUGUGGAUCCCAACGUGGUUGUCUCUUAUAUGUUGCGACAUUUCAAGGAAGGGCCGGGCCAGUGGAUGGACCUUUUUGAUACCACAGCAUACUUUUCAUCCAAAGUGCCCGUGAUAGCAGCCGUGCGGCCGCUGCUUAAAUCUGCAGUCUGCGCUCUCUCAGCGAAACACCUACAACAUCUCUACCAUAUCUCGGACGGCAUCGACCGCAACAGCUAUAUUCUUUCGCUGGCAGACGAAGAAACUUGGCAUUAUCAAUCAGCAAAACACUAUGACCAAGCACUGGGAUAUCUGAAAACAGCUAUCGACCUGGAAACUUAUAAUGACAGUUCCUCUGACAAAGAAGAAAUGCUCGCUGCUGUGGCGAUCCUAUGCCUCUACGAACUAAUGGAUGCACCUGGUACUGCCUGGAGGGCUCAUCUCAGUGCCCUACCUCUUUUCAACGAUACAUCUGCCUCAAUGCCCGCCCACUCCUCGGUUAUCAUUCCCAGAACGGCGAUCAAGGGACCGAUCUUCUGGAGUCUGGCAAGGCAAGACCUGUUGUGUGCUUUUAUAAGCGAAACAUCGACCCGUCUCGAUCUAAAAGACAUUCGUCUCUGGCAAAAUGCCGGCCUUGUCACAAACGAGCACGGAACCCUCUUACCUUCCACCGCAAUAAGCCCAUUGGAUAUCCAAAACUACUCAGGAAUUGAAGAAGACAUGAAAAGCAACGAGCUCACCUGGCUUCUGGGAAAGAUUGCAAACCACCUAACUAUGGGAGACACCGUUACUUUCGAAGACUUUGUUUUACCACGUGAACAACGAGCCUACCUGGGCUUAAAUCAACAGCACCUCCUCGACCGCUGGAACGUUCUCAUGUCCGAACUAGAACAGUGGUACGACUGCCUCCCGUCAACGUUCACAGAGGCAGCGCGAACAAAGGCACAGGGUAGCACCGAUCCACGCCAUAAGCUCUCCUUGGAAGCCUUCGAACAAAUCUGGUUCAAUCUACCGUUAUGUGCAGCGACAAUCCAAAGUUAUCACCAGGCUCGGAUUCUAUUAUUGGUCAAUCAGCCGCAGCAGUCGACGGCAAUUCAAUCAACUGUGUCUUCGCGGCUGAGAGCAUACCGAAAUGCGUUAAAACAAGCACUAUUCCAUGCACGGGAGAUUUGUGGGAUUAAUCUUGCAAAUCCGACGGAUCCUGUACGAAUUAAUUCGGUGCAGGCACUGUUUGUUGCCGGGCAGGUGUUUCAAGAGCGGCGUGAGCAGGAUGCUGUUCUUGAGAUUCUUGCUGGUAUUGAGAGGGACUUAGGGUGGACUACUCAGUUUCAUGCUGCUAAGUUGAUUGAUGAAUGGGGGAGGGGUGAGGGUAAUAGUAUUGGUAUUGGCCGGGGCGGGCGUGGAUAUAGGGAUGAUUGGAUGACUCCAUAG